GUUCCAUCAUGCUGACUUCCGCGUUCUGACCGCAGGGCACGGUCGCCAAUUUUGGUGCUGUGCGUGGAAGUGUUUCGCACGGGAGCUUGCUCUGAACCACCUCCGUCGGCCAGCAUCCUGCCUUCAACCUGCAUCGCAAAUCGCGAUGGCUCUCAAUGCCUUCGUUGUACGGCACCCUUCUGUGUGGCUAGGUGCCGCACCGGUGAUUGGCCUAGCCGCCUUAGGAGCUCUCGUCUCUCAUGGCGGAGCGCAGGUGUUCCUGCUGGCGUUUGCUGCAAGCCUGGCACACAUCGGGGCCUCCCUCAACGCGCUCUCCACACGAGCUGUGUCUGUUCUCGUGCUCGCCGCCCUCAGCGCGCUAACGAGCGUCGUUGCGCUCUCCACCAUCGCGCUCUCGUACUAUGCAAACAGGGCGGUGAGUACCCCAUGCCCCGUCGGCCGCCUCAUCACCUGGAGCCCCUCCGUCGGCCUGGGCCCGUACGAAUGGAUCCGCCCCAUCAUCGGACAGUGGGGCAUCGACUGGAUCGUAGCCGCCUGGGCUGUUGUAUGCGCAGAGACCAUCGGCAACUGGUUGGUCGGACCAGCUGGGGAUGAUCUCGACGCAGCACUGGAGCAGGAGCAGAUCAUCUCGAUCGUGUCGGAGGAGGUACCUAACCUUACCGCGCCCGCGAAGAGGGAGACACCGAUGUCGGCGCGGGCGCGGGCGACGGCCGUGCUGGCCGUGCUGCUGGUUGGGCUCGCGGUGCCGCCGCUCUUCGCGUCGUCCCUCCCUGAGCCGGUGCUGUCUGCGGACACGACCCCGCUCUCCGUGGCCUGUGUCCUUCCCUUCCCUCACCGGAACGGUGAGCGCACCUCUGCGCCCGCACUUCAAGACUACAUCGACGAGAUGAAGCAAUUUAAAUCAACCGCUGACAUACUCGUCUGGCCGGAGAGCGCAGUGAGGUUUGAGACGGAGCAGGCCAAGCGAGAGGCGUUCGUGAGUAUCAGGACGGCCGCAGAAGGUAAAAAGCUCGUCGGCGUGAGCUACGAGGAGUACAUCCUCCCUGAUCGGUCCAAGGGCGAGCACGGCCCGGGCAUCAGGCAGAACACGUUUGCGCUGCUGAAGCCGGAGUCCGAGGAGCCCGUCCUGGAGUACACGAAACGCAUGCUCGUGCCGAUUGCAGAGUCGUUCUCUCUGACGCCCUCAUCGGACCCUCCAAGCGUAUAUUCAUGGGACAUGCCAGCGCGCAAGGGCUGGUCACCCACCGGAUGGGGCCCCAACAAAACGCGGCCUAUUUCCGUCACGGCUUCCAUUUGCCUCGAUUUCUCAUCCGCCGCGUCCUUCAGCACACUGGACACCCGCCCCGCACUCGUCUUGGCGCCCGCGCGGACCUGGCACGUCGGCGUCGGCGUCGCCAUGUGGGAGCAGGCGCGUGCGCGCGCGGAGGAGCUCGGGACGACGGUCCUGUGGUGCGAUGGCGGCGAGGGAGGGGUGAGCGGUGUCGCAGGGCGGGGCAUGCAAGAUUUCGUGCAGGUCGGCCAGGGGUCGUGGGUGCGCAAGAUCGGGGUGCCGUACCCGUACGACGAGCGCCGGACGGUGUUCGGUGCGGGCGGAGCGUAUGUUGCGCUGGCGGCGGUUUGGGGGAUUACGGGUAUCGGAGCCGUCUUGGAGGUUGUGUUGAUCGCUGUUGGAGAACGGGCGACUGCCUUAGUGAGGGUCAUCCAGAAGAGGCGUGCUCAGCGUGCGGCGGACGAGGAACCCCUCCUGGCUGAGAAGGCUUCAAACGCUCGACCGCUGAUCCUUCGCCACGAAGUGCAAGAACCGAGCGCGUAA